GCGCAACGCAGCCGCAUCCUACCGAACUGCGAUACAUGUUUCACAUCUGUGAUUUGAGUUGAGGCCGAUAGCCGGUUUGAGGCUAAACAAUACUAUUUCACCGUCGAACAGGCUGCGUAUAACCUAUCAUUGCUGGAUAUCAAGCUAUACACGACUCAGGAGGUUCUCGAUUCACUCAACCCCUCCUUGAACUUCCGCAUACCAUCCAGGAGGUCUCCUGUACCCAUGCAACGUCGAAAAGUCCAUGCAUAUCCACGAAGAGGUCAUCAACACUUCAUAACUCCAUCAUUGAAUAGAAAGAACAUUGGAGCCGUGGUCCAGACUAGCCCCUUGCGGACUAGAUACAUAUUUGCUACCACCUACGACUUUCACAACCAGUGACAUGAACCUCUACACCAAAUCAAUCGCCCCGAAACAGUUACUUAGAGCAAAGCCUCAAUAUCCAAUUCAACACAUCUUCCGUUAUCACUCCGGUGUGAACACGCUGCACAGCAAUACCACUGCUUUGGCCACCUCAUCUCACCACGCAUUCACAACCGUCAAUUCUAGAAUACAUACUAGACAAACCCAUCACAAAACCCCCACCACAACCCUCCAAGCCCAAAAGCGCAAACACUCCCCCUUCCAAACUCUUCUCACACGAUCCAUGUCCACCACCAAGCGCCUCAAGCUCCCCAACAUGCGCCCCACCAAACCCGCCACCCAGUCCCCCAGCACCCCCCUAAUAAUCCGCUUCUACGACCCCACCACCCGCGCCAAAGACAGCCACGGCCGCACCCAGUCCCAAAUCCUCGCAUGGCCCAACAACGAGCUAGAAGCCUGCCACAACUACAUCCAGAUCCUGUUCCCGCUGCCCGAGGGCUCGCCGUUCAACUUCGCGGCGCCGGUCAUUGAUCGGGAGGUUAUGCUGGCGUUUCGGGCGAGGGGGGAGUUGAGGAGUGGGUUGAAGAGGAGUUUUGAGCGUAUGUUGGGGUUUUAUGGGUUUAUGCUUGAGGGUGGGGGUGAGGAGACGGAGAUAGAGGUGGAGAAGCCAGACCAAGACCGCACGAACGACGAACCCGAAACGACAGUACCAGACAAGGAAACCACCCCAUACAGCAUAGUACGCGCCCCCCACUGGCCCCGCGCCUCGCGCAACUGGGCCCGCAGAGUAGACCACAACCACCUGCGCAUCACACGCAUCCUGCGCUGUCUGCGCGUGCUGGGCCUCGAAGAAGAGUGUGUGGCGUUUUUCGCGGCGCUGCAGGAUGUUUAUGAUGAUCCUGGGAUUCAGAUUAGUGAGCGGUCGAUGAUGUAUUGGGGACGUGCUGUUAUGCGGCCGUUGUUUGUUGCGCCGGAUGAUGAGGAGAUUGCGUGGUUGAGGGUGUGGGAGGAGGGGGAAGGGGGGAAACUGGGGGAGGAGGGGGAGAAGAGGAAGAGAGGGGGUGAGGGGGAGGGGGAUGAGUAG